AUGCAGCAUCAUCUGAUAGACGAAAGGAGUCGGGUGAUUGUGGCUGCCACCUCAGCAGCACCAACAGCCAUGGCCACUUGCACUGGCGGCACCCCCACCCACCCAUGGGUUGGGGCCGUUUCAACUGAUGGGAGGCGGGAGGGAAGCUGUAUGGAAAAGUAUGUGAGGAAGGCGAGAGAGGUGAGGGAGGUGAGAAUGGGGGAGGUGAGGGAGGACAAGGGUGCGAAUGGCAAGCCCCCCCCUAACCUGCUCUCCCCGUUGCUCUGUCCUCUGCUCUGCCCUCUGCUCUGCCCGCUGCUCUGCCCGUUGCUCUGUCCUCUGCUCAGCCCUCUGCUCUGCCCGCUGCUCUGCCCGUUGCUCUGUCCUCUGCUCUGCCCUCUGCUCUGCCCGCUGCUCUGUCCUCUGCUCUGUCCUCUGCUCUGUCCUCUGCUCUGCCCUCUGCUCUGCCCUCUGCUCUGCCAUGUGCUGCCAUGCCAUGCCACCAUCCACGCCGCUGCCUCUCAGUCAGCACUGCCCCUCAGGGCUUCUCUCAUCUGUCAGCCCAGAGACUCUUCAGACGAGAGGGUCGUUGUGGAACAUAACCCAACCAGCAAAUCCGUUUGCAUGACAACCUCAGGACCCUCGAGAUUAUCUCGUGCCCGUCUUUUCAGGACGAGACAGACGACCUUUCCAAGUAUCUAUGCCUUGAUAGUGGACGAAUCGAUGGUAGAUCGCUGGGAAGAGGAAGGAUCGGAGACAGCGGGUGAACGUGGGAGGGUCGGACAGCACUUACUUGAGUGCAUCAUCAGUGCUGGUCCGAGCACAACGGAAAUUGGGCAGGUGUGGCACAGAGGCAUGGGAAUGGCUGGUGGUGUGGCACAGCUGCAUCGGAAUGGCUGGUGUGGUAGAAGAGGUUGGGAGAGGGUGCUUCUGGUGCUACUUCCAGUGUGCGGCGGGAAGGACCCCCGUUUCUGA